AUGUAUGACGUAAACCAACAUAUUAAAAAGUUAAAACUUUAUAACUUGUUAAUGUCAAUAGCUCUUAAUGGUGAUUACAGUUAUAUGGCACUGCAACAAGUUCGUCGUGGGAAACCAAGUGCACCAACAACAAUCGUUGACGAAAUUACAAAAGAACAACAGGUUUUACAAGAAAACUGGCGCUUACUGGAUCUCGGAUCCAUGUUUUUUGUAAUAACUGCUAAAUUCAAUAUACUGAAUUCAUAUAAAGACGCAACUGACGGUUACCGCUGGAAAUGCAAAGGUUGCAAGGAAAGGCGAAGUGUUCGGCAAGACUCCUUUUUUAGCCAGAGUAGACUUUCCUUACAAACAUUAUUAUAUUACAUAUAUGGGUGGAGUCGUAAUAUGCCGCAAAAAGAUAUCCAACAUGAAGCCGGUAUGAAUGAUGCCUCUCAUACAUUAGCUGACUUGGCCAACUUUUGCAGAGAUGUAUGUGAAGUAGAUCUAGAGACUAACCCAGCAGUUAUUGGAGAUUUUAACACUGACGGGACUGCAGUUGUGGUUGAAAUCGAUGAAUCAAAGUUUUUCCAUCGUAAAUAUUGCGGGCAAAUGGCGACCAGGUUAUUGGGUGUUUGGUGGUCUUGAAAUGGUUUCG